UAAAGUUAGCCAUAACAGUUAACUUAGUCACUGCCUACAGUCUCACCCGUGCUCAGUUCAUUUGGGCGGAGCCCCACUAUAAAGUCCAGCAACGUUUUAGCAACUCGUGCACAGGACAUUCUUCUUCUUCAGUUGACGCCCUGCAUUUAUUACGACAGUCACAAUGCCGUCUGAUCUGGAGAGAGCAAUGGAAACACUGAUCGUGGUGUUUCACCGUUAUGCGGACAAAGAGGGUAGCAGUGCAACUCUGAGCCGCAAAGAGCUCAAACAAUUGAUGGAAACAGAACUGUCUAGCUUUCUUAAGUCUCAGAGGGACCCUGCGGCCGUAGACAAGAUUUUGAAGGAUUUGGAUUCUAAUGGGGAUGGAGAAGUGAAUUUUGAGGAGUUUGUGGCUCUUGUGGUGGGCCUGUCCAUUGCCUGUGAGCAGAUCUACCAGAUGAAGCAGAAGCAGACAGCGGGUCAGAAAAAGCCAUGAAAGAACAAACAUGAGUUACAGUGUAUGUGUGUUGCCAAGGAGUAUGUUUUGAUAUAAACGUAGAAAAAUAUUGAUAAAAUAACAUUUGUCAAGUGAUGUUCACAUGUAUCAUCCCCAGUCCUGUAAGUCUCACCACAAAAAUAAAAACUCAAUGAAUUUC